CCAAUACCUACCCACCUUAAUUAUUAAUUAUUAUGUAUAACAAAAAAAAGACUCAAAACGACUUUGACAUUCUAUCUCUUUAUUAUAUACUCUCACAUCCUCUUUUAGUUAUUCUAAUUCAUCUCAUCAGAUAAGUAGUAGUGUAGCUAAUUCGUCAUGGCCGACUCUCAAUCUGCCCUGCUUCCCGCUUUCGUUCUACAAAAUCUCUCAGAUAACAUCUACAACAACCGCAAGACGGCCGCCAUUGAGGUUGAGGGAAUUGUGAAGAAAUUAGCCUCGAGUGGGGAUCAGGAGAAGAUUAUUACAGAGCUCAUCAAUAUUCUCAACACUCAAUUUACUUAUUCGCCUCAACCCAAUCACAGGAAGGGAGGAUUGAUAGCACUGGCUUGUGUGACAACUGGGUUGAGUAAUGAUGCCACCCCUUAUCUUGAGCAAAUUGUGCCACCUGUUCUUAGUUCUUUCAAUGACCAAGACAGCAGAAUUCGUUACUAUGCAUGCGAGUCUCUAUAUAAUAUUGCAAAGGUUGUAAGAGGGGACAUAAAAAUAUUCAUGGAUGAAAUCAUUGAUGCUAUAUCUAAGGUUUCAGCCGACACAGAUGUCAAUGUACAAGAAGCUGCUCAUCUUGUAGAUCGGCUUGUGAAGGAUAUCGUUGCUGAAAGUGAUCAGAUCAGUGUUGAGUGACAUGGCGUAAUAAAGAGGAUAGAAAGACGGAAUGGAAAUGGCGUGUGAGUUCCAACAAAUAAAAGUAUAAAUGGAUUUAUACAAAUUUCUUAAUGUAAUAAAUUAUAUAUUAAUUUAAUCUAAAUGCAUUAAUAAUCCUAAUAUGUAAAAUAUAUUGUAUAAGAUUAUUACAAAAUAAAAUAAAAUAAAGGAGAGCAGAACUUUAUAUUUAUAUA